AUGGCCCGGACACGCUCAGAUCAGCAGCUGAGUGAGCAAGGUGAAGCAUCUCCACCAGUUCCGAGCGACGAUGAUGUCGGAAAACUCGAUGAGAGGCUGGCGACAUCACCAUCCGCAUCCUUUCAAGACCGACUGAAGAAGUUCCAAUACACAGAUACGCAGACGGAGCAGCUUACCACACCAAUAUCCAGAUCGCCAAUAAUAUCUCGAAAGCGCACUAGGACUACUGUGAUGGCGGCUGUGAAAAGUGCACCAGAAUCCUCCCCACGACCGAAGAAGAAGAGGAAGCCCAGCAAAUAUGCUGACCCGUCCAAAUACGCGCAUCUAUCCCCGCUGGUCGACAUACUAGAGCCUAACUUGAUCUGUGUCUUCGUUGGCACGAAUCCGGGUGUUCAGACGGCCGCUGCAGGGCAUGCGUAUGCACACCCCUCGAAUCUUUUCUGGAAGCUGCUCCACUCCUCAGGACUUACCGAUCGUCGACUGAAGCCUGAGGAAGAUCGGAGUCUCCCGGAUCUGUAUUGCAUGGGCAACACCAACAUUGUCGAGAGACCCUCCAAAGACGCUGCCGAACUCUCGAAAGAGGAGACUGCGGCAGGUACCGCGAAACUCGACGCCAAAUUCCUCAAAUACAAGCCAGAGGCUGUGUGCAUAGUAGGCAAGGGUAUCUGGGAAGCCAUCUGGCGGUAUCGCUAUGGCAAGAACAUGGGCAAGAAAGACUUCAAGUAUGGGUGGCAGGAUGAAGAGCACAACAUGGGUAAAAGCGAGGAUGGCCAGGAAGAGCGGGAUGCUGACGGGAACGUAUGGAACGGGUCCAGGGUGUUUGUUACUACGAGCACAAGCGGUCUAGCGGCAAGUCUCAAGCCGGCCGAAAAAGAGGCUAUCUGGAAACCUUUCGGCGAGUGGGUACAGAAGCGGAGGGAUGAACGGGGUUUUGUACCUCGGUCAGCGGAAGCACUGGAAGCUCGUGAUGAGGCGCCGUAA